AUGAAAAUUUAAAUCUUAUUUUUAGAUAAAAAUUAAAUGAAGGUAUUAGAAAUACCCUAUAUCUAAAUAGAUCUACGUUGACGCAUUCAGUGGAGAAGAAAUCGUUUCAGAUAGUUUCAAUAUGGAAGAAAAGUUUGAAGGUGCAAUUGGUGAAGUCCAAUCUUAAGAUAUUGUUAAAGGAGCACUUAAUGUUGAUGUUGGUAUAUAAUCUCAUUAUUAUAAUCCUUAGGUGCUGGAGGACAUUUUGGUGGUAAAAAUGAAGAUGAAGAUGAUGGAGGUGUUGAUGAUUAAGCUUAAAAAGUUAAUAACAUUAUAGAUGCCUUCAAAUAUGCUGAAACCUAAUUUACUAAAGCUGAUUAUGUUACCUACUUUAAAGCUUAUGCCAAAAAAGUUAAAGCUUAUUUAGAAGCAAACAAACCAAAUAGAGUAGCUCAAUUCUAAAAGGGAGCUGGCGAAUUCAUUAAAUGGGUUUCUGCUAAUUUCAACGAUCUCUAAUUGUAAACUAAAUCAAUUUAUCAUCUAGCUACUGUCCUGAAUCAUACGAUAUGGAAAAUCACAUUGUCAUUGGUUAUUACAAAGAAGGAUAAGCUUCUCCAGCUUUCGUUUACAUUUUAGAUGGAUUAAAAGAAGUCAAAAUGUGAUAUAACAUAAAAAUACAAUUAUAUCUGUUAAUACAACAAUUAAUAAUAGAG